CCUCCUCCUCCUCCUCCUCCUCCCCGGGGACCAUGAUCGGCGAGUGCCGCGGCCCGGGCGGCAGCUGGGGACAUGAGAAAGGACAUCGAUUUGAUUGACAUCCUGUGGAGACAGGAUAUUGAUCUCGGCGCUGGGCGAGAGAUUUUUGACUACAGCCACCGGCAGAAAGAGAGCGAAGUGGACAAAGAGCUGAGCGAUGGGAGGGAGCGCGGGGACAGCUGGAGGAGUGCAGGGACUGAGGUCUUGGAUAGAAACCUGCUAGUUGAUGGAGAGACCGGGGAGAGUUUCCCUGCGCAGGUGCCCGGUGCGGAGGAUCAGACAGCCCUGUCCGUGGAGGAGUGCCUUAGGCUGCUGGAGGCCACCUUGCCUUUCGGGGAGAGCUCGGAGUUCCCAGCCGCGGAUGUCUCCGCCCUGAGCGAAGCCGUGCCCGGGCAGAGCCGGGCCCCCCCCACGCUGCUGUCCCCCCUCCUGGCCGAGAACGAGUCGCCCUUCGACCUGGAGCAGCAGUGGCAGGACCUCAUGUCCAUCAUGGAGAUGCAGGCGAUGGAAGUGAACUCCACGACGGGCGAGAGCCUGUUCGGCGGCACCGGCGGGGACCUCCUGGCGUCCAACUACAGCCUGGCCCCCGGCACCCCCAUCAACCAGAACGUGAGCCUGCAUCAGGCCUCGCUGGGCAGCUGCUCCCAGGACUUCUCGCUCUUCAGCUCCGAGAUCGAGAGCCCCUCCAUGGCGGGCGGCUCGGCCCUGCUCCAGCUGGCGCCGGACAACUCCACCGGCCUCAACAGCACCUUCGGCUCCACCAACCUGAGCGGGAUCUUCUUCCCGCCCCACAUGAACAGCACGGGCAACGAGACGGCCGGGCCCGAGCUGCCCGACCCGCUGGGAGGGCUCCUGGACGAGGCCAUGCUGGAUGAGAUCAGCCUCAUGGACCUGGCCAUCGAGGAGGGCUUCAACCCCGUGCAGGCCUCGCAGCUGGAAGAGGAGUUCGACUCCGACUCAGGUCUUUCCCUGGAUUCUGGCCACAGCCCCGCUUCUCUGAGCAGCUCGGAAGCCUCGUCCUCCUCGUCCUCUUCCUCCUCCUCCUCGUCCUCCUCCUCGUUUUCCGAGGAAGGGGCCGUGGGCUACAGCUCCGACUCGGAGAACGUGGACUUCGAGGAAGCGGAAGGGGCGGUGGGAUACCAGCCGGAGUACAGCAAGUUCUGCCGCAUGAGCUACCAGGACCCGGCCCAGCUCCAUUACCUGCCUUACCUGGAGCACGUUGGCCACAACCACACCUACAACAUGGCCCCGGGGGCGCUGGAUCCCGAGGAGUCCAAAGCCCCCAGCGCCGGCAAGAAGAGCGGCGGCCCCAAGGAGAAACCGUCCGAGUUCCUGGACAAGCAGAUGAGCAGGGACGAGCACCGGGCCAGGGCCAUGAAGAUCCCCUUCACCAACGACAAGAUCAUCAACCUGCCCGUGGAGGAGUUCAACGAGCUCCUGUCCAAGUACCAGCUCAGCGAGGCCCAGCUCAGCCUCAUCCGCGACAUCCGCCGGCGCGGCAAGAACAAGAUGGCAGCGCAGAACUGCCGCAAGAGGAAGCUGGACACCAUCCUCAACCUGGAACGGGACGUCGAGGACCUGCAGCGCGACAAGUCCAAACUGCUCAGGGAGAAGGUGGAGUUCCUCAAGUCCAUCCGGCAGAUGAAGCAGAAGGUGCAGAGCCUGUACCAGGAGGUGUUCGGGCGGCUGCGGGACGAGCAGGGGCGGCCCUACUCGCCCAGCCAGUACGCGCUGCAGUACGGCAGCGACGGCUCCGUCCUGCUCAUCCCCCGCGGCCCCGCCGAGCCCCAGCCCCGGCGCCAGGACCGCAAGCAGAAGGACCGCAGGAAGUGAGGGCGGCAGGGAGAGCAGGAGCGGGACACUCGCCACGAGGGAGAGAACUGGAGAAGGGCCGAGCCUGGAAGUAACUUUUAGAGGAACUUUCACGCCUUCUUAUCCGAUAUAUCUUCUCAACCACGCGCGGGGGGGAUCUGGCGCUGCCGGACGCUGCGGGGGCCGCGGGGGGCCGAGGUUUUGGGGGGUUUGUUGGAGGGACGGAGCCCCCCCCCGCGCUGCCCAGCCCGGAGCCUCCCACAACCCGGGAUCCUUGGAGCGCAGGGACGAGCUGGCAACGCUGCUGGGGAGGUUGGCAGAGGUGGAAAAAAAAAAGAAAAAAAAAAAAAAAAACUACUGUUAGGAACUGGCUUUAAAAUAAGAAAAGAAAUUUAAGCGGAUGAACUUAAACCACAAAACAAGUUAUAGGAGAGACGUUUUUCUGAACUUCCAAAGUUCUGUGAUUUCAGGUAGUUGGAUUUUUGUUUUGUUUUUUCUCUUCCUCCUUUUUUUUUUUUUUUUUUUCCCCUUUUUCCUUUCCUUUUCCUGAUCCCGUUUUGCCAUCGGUGUGUGUGAUUCAAUCCGACUCAAUUCCAGAUUAACCAACAUCCCUUUCCUAGAUCAGACCAGUGCACACGUGGAAACACAACGUGGUGUGAAUUCCAUUAACCCUUUCCAGCCCUGAGGGAGCUCAGAGCGGGGAAGCACCAUUCCCAGUGGGGAGGAGUUGUGAUGUGAUGCCUCGGGGAGGCAGAGAGCUUCAGGAUUUUGGGAGCGGGACUGGAGAGGGUUAAGGGAUCCAGCAGGAUCCGUGUCCCCAGCACCCUCGGAGCACGCAGAGCCUGCAUGCCAAGCCUGGCUUCUCCCACUGACCGCCUGGGGAACUGCUUGGGGAGGAAUUUGGGGGGGCUCCAGGGCCCCCCUGGGUCAGCCAACAGCACAAGGGGAGUGGUGGGAUCCCGAUCCCGACCCCCCCCAGGCCGUGGGUUGUCACUUAGAGCCUUAGACAGCUGUAGGUCCCUGUCCCAUAACCGCGCUUGGGUUUUCUGGGGUUUCAGCCCCCACCUCCCCACUUUCUUUUCCCCCCCUUUAGGGUCUAGAAGUGCUUGUGUUGAGUAAAAAAAGCGAAAACAAAAGGGAGAAGCCCAGACGUUCCAAGCUGCUCAGUGUUCUCUUUGCCAUACAGACUCCGUGUAACCGUGUGAUCACAUUAUAGGAUUCUCUUCUGUCCCGAGGUGUUGGUCUGACUUCCUUUGUUUUCAGGAGGGGGGUGGGGGUAGUGCCUUGAUCACUGUCGGUCUCCGCAGGGAGACCAUCCUAGAAGCUGUAUUUCCAUAUAGCACAGCUGGGAGUGUUCUGACUUUACCAGCAACAGAAACAAACAAACAAACAAACAAACAAAAUGCUUAAAAAAAAAAAAAUUAAAAAAAAAUAAAAUGGCUUUUCCGAGCCAGUCCUGUGCACGGGAUCCAGGGGAGAGCCGGACUCGGGUGGUCACUCAAGGGAAGGACACCUGGAGAGGCAGGAGGGAGGCCUGGAGCAGCUGCCCACUGGACUGUGCUGUGUCCACGGGCACUUUCUCCGGGUUUUGGGAGAAGCAGUUGGACCUGGGAGUGCACUGAGGGGUGGUUGGACCUGCCAAGACCCCGGUGGGCUCGUCCAUCCCCGAUUCCCGGGAUCCUGACGUGUGAGACGAAGCACAAGUGGUGGAGCUGUGGGUGUGGGGAGGUUGGAAGGGAGCCCUGUGCGUAUGUUUUAAAUUAUUUUUCCUCUUAGAAACUUUUCUUUGAAUGAUCUGUGACCUGUCAGGGAAAGAAGAGAGAUUGUGUGAGCACAGGACAAAAAUAAAAACGGCUUAUUCACUGUA